AAUCAUGUAGGUAAAUAAUCGCGUAAUUACGUCUUGGGGCAGGCGGGAAAGUGUUUCGUGCGUCCACCAGCUGUCGGCAGUCGGGUGUCGGGUGGCUCCUGCUUCAAUCGCGGGACUCCUUUCCUUGGCUCCGCAUGACCUGCGCGCCCCAGAUAAAUUAAUGUCAACGCGCCAACAUCGAAGAUCUAAUGAGUACCUGAACUCUCCGUUUUCCUGCAUCUGAAACAUCUACAGCUAUGUGCCGUAGCUUGAGUAUGAGAGGUUUGAUCGAUUUCGUGGUGAGAUUAGUCGUCAUCCAUGAGGCCUGGGUGCACGGAAUCAUUCUCGCUGCGGGGCAAAUCAAUAAUGUCUAUAAUGUCUAUAAGGAAGACAACGGGGCCCCGAUUCCGGACUACACCGUCUCACGCACCGUCGGAAAAUGGGGACCAAUCCUCCUGGAGGAUAUGACUCUCAUCCAGCAUAUUGCCCACUUCGACCGCGAGCGGAUUCCUGAGAGAGUGGUCCACGCUCUAGGCUCAGGUGCCUUUGGAUUUUUCGAGGUAACUCAUGACAUAACUCGAUUUUGCAAGGCGGCCGUAUUUAAACCUGGAACGAAAACUCCUGUCGCUGUUCGGUUUUCCACGGUCACCCAUGAGAGAGGAGGUCCUGAUGUUGGACGGAACCCGCGAGGAUUUGCCAUCAAAUUCUACACCUCGGACGGGAUUUGGGACUUGUGUGGCAACAACACUCCCAUUUUCUUCCUCCGAGAUCCCAUGUUAUUUCCAGCAAUGGUUCAUUCUCAAAGAGGCCGCAAUCCAAGAACAAAUAGACCGGAUCCGAAUAUGCCGUGGGAUUUCAUCACACACAGACACGAAAUGCUCUUCCAAAUUAUGAGGGUCUACUCAGAAUUGGGCACCCCGGACGGAUUCCGUCAUAUGGACGGUUUCGGAUCACAUACUUUCAUAAUGGUCAAUGCUCGUAACCAACCGGUCUACUGCAAAUUCCAUCUGUUGACGGACCAGGGAGUCAGGAAUCUGACAGCUGAGACUGCGAAGAAGCUUGCUGGCGAAAAUCCCAACUAUUCGUCAGAGGAUCUCUUCGAGGCCAUCGAGGGUGGCGAUUUUCCCUCCUGGAGUAUGUUCAUCCAAGUCAUGACUUUUGCACAGGCCGAUCGCUUCGAAUACAGCGUUUUCGAUCUUACCAAGGUUUGGCCGUUGGACAGAUACCCCUUGCUUCCCGUGGGACGGAUGGUGUUGAACAGGAAUCCUCAGAACUUCUACCACGAAAUCGAGCAGCUUGCUUUCUGCCCCUCAAAUCUGGUUCCAGGAAUUCAGGCCAGUCGAGAUCCCAUGCUUCAGGCUCGGAUGUUCUCGUAUAAAGACACCCAAAGGUACAGGCUGGGGCCCAAUUUUAUGCAGAUUCCAGUGAACAGGCCUCUGGAGACGCCCUACAAUCUCCAACGCGACGGACCGAUGAACAUGUUUAACCAAGGCGCAAACGUGAACUACUAUCCGAAUUCAUACAGCUCUUUGCGCACGGAUCCUUACAGCGAUGCGAUCACUUACAACAUCACAGGAGUUGUUGGAAGGCACGACACGAAGGAUGAAGAUAAUUACACUCAGGCGCGAGAAUGGUACCUAAGUCUCAGCGACUACGACAAACUUGCCCUAGCGAAGAAUGUUGGCGCCGAUUUGAAGGGGUGCACGUCCGCCAUUAAAAAACGCGUUUUCAGUGCCUUUAAUCUCGUCCACCCAACUUUAGCCGGAAACAUCCUAUUGUAUACUCCUCCCGAAUGAGACUCUUUAGAAUUGAUGGAAUCACUGGAUCAAAUUUGAGAUUUAACUCAACACAUCCAUGCAAAAGGGGUCCAUCUACAAUACAAAUUCAUGUUUUCUCCAAAAAAUUUGCGUGAACAAUCCAUGCCUGCUACAAUUAUGUGAAAGAGCGUUCAACAAUGUUUUUACGCCAAAUAAUGUGUCCUAAGCAUGGUGUCCAGUGAACCUCAAAUUUAAUUAUGCAACAACCGUGCACUUCUUAAAAAGUCUUAUUGUAUAUUUGACGUUUCUAUAAUGAGAAUAUUCGGUCAGAUUUUUCAUUAUACAGCAUUUUGGGUCAUCA